ACACGAAUCGAUGCCGCUCCUUCCCGCCGACAUGGUCCGAGAUUAUGUGCCUGCGGCUUCGACCCGUAGAGUCAAAGAAAACGAGACCGAUCCGGACACCGAUGCAGCCAAGAUGGAAUCGCUCCGAAACUGUCUAGUCGCAAUGCAAUCUCGAGCCGCGAAACCAAUACAGUGCACACCCAUGAAGAAUCGUGGUGGCACGUCCAAGAGUGGAGGAUCAGGAUCACGAUCGCUGGAUGCUCAUGGCGAUGCUUUGCUCUUUAACACCACGCCGUACCCGAUUGGCCAUCCCAAUUCGGCGUGCAUCCAUGGGGAUAUGGACCGAGGCUACACGGGUGAUCCGAGCUGCACGAUGUAAUAUAACCGUCCGAGGUGCCAGUUUCAUGUUGAGUGUAGAUGCAUGCUCCGUCGGGAUAAUCGCCCUCGGGUAAAUGCUGGUUGAUUCCAUAACAAAGCCAAUAGUUGUUGUCGUCUGGGGGAGGAGGGAAGUAGAUGGGCUCGCCGAGGGAAGUCGAAACCACUGCAAGAAUGAUAGAGAGCCGAAAGAUCUGCAUGGUUGUCGAUGUAGUCCGGAGU